AUGACUUUUGCAUUGCUUCAAUUUUGCUUCACGAUACUAUUAGCAGAUAAUCAAAUUUCGAGUAGUUCUCCUGCAUCUAUUCCGGACGGAACUUCUCCGCACGAUGAUAACAAGUCUACAGUUAAGAACAGCUCUCCUGCAUCUGUUCCGGACGGAAGUUCUUCGCACGACAACGAUAAACAUACAACAGAGAGCAGCUCUCCUGCAUCUGUUCCGGACGGAAGUUCUUCACACGAUGACAAUAAGCCUACUACAGAGAGCAGUUUUCCUGCAUCUGUUCCGGACGGAAUUUCUUCACACGACGACAAUAAGCCUACUACAGAGAGCAGUUUUCCUGCAUCUGUUACGGACGGAAUUUCUUCGCACGACAACGAUAAACAUACAACAGAGAGCAGUUUUCCUGCAUCUGUUCCGGACGGAAGUUCUUCACACGACGACAAUAAGCCUACUACAGAGAGCAGUUUUCCUGCAUCUGUUCCGGACGGAAUUUCUUCACACGAUGACAACAAGCCUACAAUAGAGAGCAGUUUUCCUGCAUCUGUUCCGGACGGAAUUUCUUCACACGACGACAAUAAGCCUACUACAGAGAGCAGCUUUCCUGCAUCUGUUCCGGACGGAAGUUCUUCACACGAUGACAAUAAGCCUAUAAUAGAGGUAGAGAGCAGCUCUCCUGCAUCUAUUCCGGACGGAAGUUUUUCGCGCGAUGACAAUAAGCCUACAACAGAGGGGGUUUUAUCGUCAUUCGUUCUGGGAGAAAGGCCUUCAUUUGGUGACUUCGAUUCGGGUGAUAAUGUAAUACAUUUUAGUUAUUAG